AUGUUAACAUUAGUUAUUGAAUUUGGUCGUCAACGACGAAAAUUUGAUUUAAUAAAUCCAAUUGAUAUUAAUUUACUUGAAAAUAAAAUAAAAUCAUCGUUUGGAAUUGAAAAUGAAAAUGAAAAUGAAUAUAUAAUACAAAUAUAUGAUGAACAAAUAAAUGAUUAUCUUGAUUUAACAUCUGAUUUAUUUAAUUCAAUUAAUAAUAAUAAUAAUAAUAAUAUAAUUAAAGGUCAAAUUAUCUCACGUCAAUUUAAUUCUUUUCAAUAUCAAACAAAAGUAACAAAACAACAAGUUGUUGGUCUUAUUACAUUAGAAUCAAUUGAAAAUUCUCUUCUAAAUUGGUCACAAUUACUUCAACAUAUACAAUUUGAAAUUUCAAAAGAACUUGAAACAGUUAAACAAACAAUAAUUGCUGUUAAAUCUCAUUAUAAAUUAAUUGAUGAAUCAAAUACAGAAGAUAAUUGUUCUCAAUAUGAAAUAAAACAAAAUAGUUGUUCACCUUCAAGUGUUUCUCAAAUUGAAAAUGAAAAUUUAACACCAAUAUUUAAUUUAAAUUCAAAUAAUGGUCAAUUAAUUAAACCAAUUAUUAAUAUUGAAGAUAAAUAUUCAAAUGGAACAUAUUUAAAUAAACAAAGAUCACAAACAAAUAAUAAAAAUAAUCGUCGAGGAACAUUUAAUAUAAAACAAUCAAAAAAUAGAGAUAAUUAUAUUUAUUAUCCUCCAUCACAUAUUCCAUCAAAACCAAUUGAAUAUAAUAUUCCAAUAACAGUAACAUAUCAACGUUUUCAAAGUGGUGUUGAUUUUCAAGGUCAAUUAUCAAAAUAUUAUAAUCCAACAUAUUUUUUUCUUCGAAUUUCAAAUCAAACAGAAUCAUAUGAUCAAAUGCAUAAAGAUAUUAAUUUAUAUUAUAAUAGUAUUGAUUCAAAUCAAACUUAUUUUCCUCAAUCAGGAGAAUUUUGUGUUGGAAAAUCUCCUGAUGAUUCAAAUUGGUAUCGAGCUCGAAUAAUAAGACUUAUUGGUAAUGAUAAAGCUCAAUUAAUAUUUAUUGAUAUUGGUCAAAUAGUUGACAUUAAUAUUAAUUUAAUUCAACCAUUAAAUAGUAAAUAUAGUGAUCGUCCAGCACAAGCAUUAGCUUGUACACUUGCUCAAGUUUUACCAUUUACACAAAAUGAAAAAUCUGGAUGGAAUCGACGAUCAUGUAUGAGUUUAGAAAAUGCUAUGAAAAAUGAACGAUUAAUAACAGGAAAUGUUUUAUUAAAAGUAACUGUAAAUGAUAAUAAUCAAGCCAAAUGGCCAAUGAUGUUUAUUAAUAUAUCAACAGCAACAAUACCUAGUUUAAGUGAAUAUAUGUGUGAUUUAUAUUUAAGUCGUCGUUGUUCAAAUAACGAAAUAAGUGAAUAUUGGUCUUCAAAAAUUCGUCCAGAACAAUAUGUUUUGUUUAAUUUAUCAUCAUUAAUUAAUCAAAAACAAUAUUUUAUUUUCAAUAAUAAUUAUCAAUCGAAAUUGUCUUUCAAUCAAACUAUUGAUAUGAUUGUCAAUGAUACCGAGUUUAUUUCUCGUCAAUAA